ACUCCCUUCCCCUCAAUAACCUCACUCUAACUCGUCUCCCUCAUCAUUUUUUCUAUUAAUAAAAAAGACAUGUUAAAUCCAUGGAUAUGUCAAUUAUUAUCAUUUUUACUAGUAGCAUUUUUAAUUUCAUGUGAAGGUCAAGAUCCUGAGGCUCUCCCACCCGCAGCAGAAAACUGUAACGGCGUUUUCAUUUCUUAUGAUUUAAUUGAUCGAAGAAAAGAAUUCCCACGUGUCAAAAACGUGACAGCACAAUCAUGGGCCUUCAAUGCCACUGCAACAAUCCUCAAUACAGGAAAAGAUGUUGUUAAAACAUGGCAGUUAUUCAUAGGUUUUCAACAUCAAGAAAUUCUUGUCUCUGCCAAUGGUGCUAUUCUAUUCCAAGCUGGUGACUUUCCUGCUUUUGUUGGUAAUGGAACAACCUUUGUUGGUAGUUCUAUUCCAGAUUUGGAAACCUCCAUCAACACAGCAAAUGAUCUCUCCCAAAUUCAAGCUAUCAUUAAACUUUCUGGCACACAAUUUGGUGUUAAGCCACCAUCAGUUCCUAUGCCUAAAAACAUCAAGUUGCUAACUGAUGGAUAUAACUGCCCCCGCCCAAGUAUCCGUAAGAGUUCCAUGUGGGCGUGUUGUAAAAGAGACCCAAAACACAAGUCGAUACAUUCAAAGACAAAAUUCUUGCCACGUCAGAAAGGGGAUUUGACAAUAUCCUAUGAUAUUCUUCAAGCAUAUGACAAUAACUAUCUUGUUCAAGUUACCUUAGAGAAUCAAAGUCCUUUAGGACGUUUAGAUCGUUGGAACUUAACAUGGGAAUGGACAAGAGGUGAAUUCAUAUCCACAAUGAAAGGUGCUUUUCCACGUGAGAUAGAUUACUCUGAUUGUAUCUAUGGUGCUGCUGGACAGUAUUAUAAAGAUAUGGAUUUCACUAAAGUACUUAAUUGUCAAAAGAAUCCUGUAAUCAGUGAUUUGCCUCCACAGAAAUACAAUGAUACUGAACUUGGUAAAAUACCAUUUUGUUGUAGAAAUGGUUCUAUUUUACCUAUCAUUAUGGAUCCAACUCAAUCAAAAUCUGUUUUCCAAAUGCAAGUGUUUAAAGCUCCACCUGAUUUGGAUAAAACAUCACUUUAUCCACCUGAAAAAUGGAAAAUAAUGGGUAUUCUUAAUCCUUAUUAUAAAUGUGGUGCACCAUUAAAGGUGGAACCUUCUACAUUUCCUGAUCCUAGAGGACUUGAAGCUACUGUUUUCACUAUUGCUAGUUGGCAAAUAAUUUGCAAUAUAUCAAAACCAGUUAAGAGGAACACUCGAUGUUGUGUUUCUUUCUCUGCUUAUUAUAAUGAUUCUGUUGUUCCUUGUAACACAUGUGCAUGUGGUUGUGAUGAAGGUGAUACCAAAACAGAACAUUGUAAUCAGAAUGCAAGAGCAAUGCUUCUACCUCCAGAAGCACUUCUUGUACCUUUUGAAAACAGGACACUUAAGACAGUUGCUUGGGCUAAAUUAAAGCAUUUACAUGUGCCUAAGAAAUUACCAUGUGGUGAUAACUGUGGAGUUACCAUAAAUUGGCAUGUAGUUUCAGAUUUUAAAGGUGGAUGGAGUGCUAGAAUCACUUUAUUUAAUUGGCAACCUUUUCAUUUUCAGAAUUGGUUCACUGCAUUGCAAUUUAAGAAGAGGGUUUCUAUUGGUUUUGAGAAAGUUUACUCUUUUAAUGGAACACUCUUGAAAAAAAUCAAUAACACUAUUUUCAUGCAAGGAUUACAAGGAGCAAAUUAUUUGAUAGCUGAAGACAAUGGAACAAAUCCAAAGGUGCCUGGAAAACAACAAUCUGUUAUUUCAUUUACAAAGAAAUUCACACCAUAUAUUCAAAUAGCAAAAGGAGAUGGGUUCCCUACAAAAGUUCUUUUUAAUGGAGAGGAGUGUUCUAUUCCUACACAAUUCCCUGUGAGAAGUGGAAACCAAUUACCAAAUGUAUAUUUAGUACAACAAAUGUUGUUAGUCUUAGUUUUAGCUUUUACAUUGAAUCAAAUAUUGUAUUAGGAUGCCACAAAGUUAAAAACAAUUUAAUUUGACCACUUUAUUUUUGGUGUCAUGCUGUUGUGACCCAAUUCCCUGCUUAUACUGUCUUAUUAUUUAGAUAAUGAAAUUCAUGAAUGGCCAAUGCAGGGACUGAUUGAUGUAGUGGUCUACUUUGAUAG